GUUUUUAGAGGUUUUUUUUUCCCCCUCCACACGCUAUGGCUUGGGAGGGUUCCAGAUUGGCGUUCUGUCCCCCUGGUAUCGGUCCCAGACGCCAUCUCUCCAGCAGCCGCAGCAGCAGUAACCCGCUGCCUGCUCCGAGCUUACGAUUGGGAGGGCUUUUUGUCACUAAUUCAGGUUCUGCUCAGAAUAGAGGGGAUCACUCACCCAGCGACACCGCUGUCGGCUCUGCCCAUGGGUUUUAUCCAGACCCAACUUUGUUUAUGGAGGUCGAAGCGGAGGUGGUGCGGGAUCUUCGCCCGGAUCUUUUUCUCUCUCUCCCUCCAGAGGAGGAGAUGCAGGGAACGCUGUGGGCUCCGCCGAUCCCGGCUCUACCGACAGGAUCAAACCUCCAGCAAGUCCUGCCGUCCCGCCGUCGGAGGAGGGGACGGAAACCUGUGGGUCGCUCCUUCACCCGUUCUGUUCGGCCGACAGGCGAGUCAGUACCGCGCCCGUCCGUUGCCACUUCCUGCCCAGUGGAUCGGAGUCCGGUGCUCCCCAGAGCUGAGCAGCCCACAGCGCCUCCUGGUGGCGCCCGUGAUGCUGAGGAUCUGGCUCUGGAGGACCAGUUAAGAGCUUUUGCCCCUAUUAUUAAAGACCUUAGGGAGGCUCUUUUCUGCCAGUAUUCAGAGGAGCUGGAGGCAAAAUUAAAGGAGGUCGAGGGGCACUAUAGAGCGGCUCUCCAGGGUUUCUAUAGUGGACUCAAUCCUGUCCCCAAGGGUCCAGCCGACGCCCCGGCACCUGCACCUGUCCCAGAGGACCCGCCUCCUACCUCAGCUCCAGUGCCGGCCUCCGGCAGCUAUAAGGCAGCACUGUCUGCGCAGCCGGCCCAAGACGCUGCAACCCCGGAGGGUCCGCAGCCGGCCCAAGACGCUGCAACCCCGGAGGCUCUUACCCCCUCAUCUUUGGCUUGA